GUGAAAGGUUGCAAAGAAGAUGGCGCCGUCCAAGACGAAACAUGCCAACCAGGCUUGUGUUAUUCCAGGAGGAUUUACGGGUAACCAUUGCUAAAAUAACACACAUUCAAAGGGAGAAUGUGAUAAAUACAAUAACUUUGUGUGAUAUAAAAGCAUAAUUUGGGGUUUGUUAGUUCGAACAUGAUCUUAUUCUGUUUCAAUUGCAACCACUAGCUUGCUUCUAGCUAACGUUAGUUAUCUAACUCCAUAAUUUAUGUCGAACACUUAAAUUAAGCUUGCUUCAAGACAAAGCUUGAGGUUGUUGAUGCCUUAUGGUGUUUAACGAUUAAAAUAGGUCAACUUGAUGUCUGUAUUUUAUUUGGACUGCAUUCCCUAAGACUACGUCAUGUAGCUAAAGCAAAGAUUGUCUACUAUUUUUUACUCAGGCUAAAGCCAUUAGUGCCCUCUGGGUCUCCCUGGAGUUGUAGACAAUGUAUUAGGACCUGCCUAGAGAGGUGUUUGUCUGUUUUGACUGUGUAUUUUGACUGAACCACUCUUUCUUCAUCUCAGUGCUUUCUCUUCAGUUCAGUACUGACAGUGUUGCCCAGCACAAAAUGUGUGUAAAAGAGCACCGGGUGCGAGCAGAGAAAACCACACAAAGACCCCUCGACAGAACACUGUUUGUCCUUAACAUUCCCCCAUAUUGCUCUGAGGUAUGUUUAUGUUGUAAAUACUGUCAAUUACCAGCCAGUGUGCAUGUGAUUGUUGUACUAUUAGCAAGUCUCUACAGAAAAUGCAAUAUUUGUGCUACAGUUGUCUGUGGCCAUAUACAGUAUAAAAGUACUAAUCUCUUUCUGCUGUCUUUCAGGGUGUCAUAAAGGAGCUCUUCUCUCAGUUUGGUCCUGUUCAGUCAGUGGAGCUGAGGGAGAAGCCAGGGUCCUUUGAGCAUUCAGGACCCAAGCUGGCCAAGUAUUUCACACCAGCACAAAAACAGGUUUGCCCUGAAUCCGGACAACGAAGCUCUAUGUUUAGAUCAGAUUGAUUAUUGAAGUGCCUAUGGACACCUUUUCAGUAUUGAGCCUUUUCUAUUUCCAUUCCCUACAGGGGUUCAGAGUGGGUUACAUCGUGUUUCAGAAGGCCAUCAGUAUUACAGCAGUGAAGUCCCAUCCCCAUGACGUCCCAUUGGUUGUUUCCACAGUGCAGCGACCUGUGUGGACAGGUCUACAGAGUGAGUGAGCUUUAAAGUGCUGUUCACGAUGCAUGGUCUUUCUUUUCUAAAUAUAGGCAGAAUGUAUGAAAUUGGAAAGACAUUUCACGCAGAUUUAAUAGUGUAUUUAAUAUGCCUUUCACUUCUCUAUAUGUCUGUCUCGCUUUGUUUCUUUGUCUUUAGAAUGGAUUAAUCAGUACAAGCAGUCAUUUGCUCAGCCAGACAAACUACAGGAGGCAGUUGACACCUUCAUGCAGGAUUACGAUAAGAGAAAAGAAGAGGUCAGAUUCUCCCCCUGUAUCUCAAUCUCAUCUCCAAAAAUUUUUUCAAACAUAUUUUAGGUAUUUCUGUUUUGUUAAGACUUUUUUUCCUUACCCAGGAGGCCGAGCGACAAAAGGAGGCUGCUGAGGAGCAGCUGGAGGAUGAGGAGGGCUGGGUAAAAGUUACCAGGGGUAAAAUUGGGACCAAGGCCCGCCCCCACAGUGAGGUAUCCAAUCAGAAAGCUCUGCAGAAGGAGAGCAGAAAGAGGAAGCGGAAGGAGCUCAUGAACUUCUACACCUGGCAGCACAGAAACACACAGAAAGAACGUAAGUUGUUAUGGUUCGUCAUUUGAUCACAACAGUAGAAGCACGUGGUGAAAUCAUUUCAUUAUUUAGUGCAAAAAGUUAACUUUUUUGUUCAGUCAUUCUGGCUUCAUUGCUAACUUUGUCCAUCAUAUUACUCAGUCACUCUGCAUUUUGAAAAGGGUUAUCUUCUCUCUUUCAGACAUCGCUGAACUGAGGAAAAAGUUUGAGGAGGACAAACAGCGAAUUGCUUUGCUAAGAGCACAGAGGAAGUUCCGACCUUACUGAAUCAAUAAUUUAUUCUGAGAUUCUCCCCACCUUCCUGUUUUUUAAACCACCCAACCAAUUGAUGUCAAUAAAUAUCAAUUUAUUAUAUUUGUAAAGUUUUUUCUUGUUUGUCACUGAUACAGUAAUUUAUGGAGUCUUAAGUUUGAUUGGUAUUUAAUUCACAGUGUAAAGUGCAUAGCGAUACAGGUUGUAGUUGUGAAUCAAUACCUUAGGAUCACUUCAGGUUUUACAAGCAGACGCCCUCGUAUUCUGUUUUUUCUGGGGCAGUAGGAUAGGAGGCUUUAAUAUCUGAUUUUCUUUUCAGGUGCAGCGCUAUGUACUCAGUUUACGUGACCUUUACCAAAGUGUCAAAGGCAAACUGGCUGCUUAAUACAUGUGAAGUACAUUUGUGAUGCAUUGGAAUGCACAUGGCCAGUGAAGGUAUUUAAUGGCAGUUGAAAUAAAUACCAUUUGUAAUUAAGUGUGCAUAGAAGUGCUUUAUUGGGCUUGUUCAACCUGUAGGCCAGUCUCCUUGUUUCUGGUUUCCAUUUCCACUUCAUUUUCUUCCACUUGACAACUCAUCAUUGACCACGAAGAGAACAGGAGGAAGAACAGGAUGGAGGUACAGACAACUGAAAUGCUGAGGGCCAGCAAGAGAAAAUGUUAGUGUCAUUAGUUUCAUUCCACUCAUACAGUAGCUGUGGGGUAAGUUGAGCCACCCUUGUU